AUGGCGCUUCCUACGUUCAUAAAGUGUUUAGAGUCAGAACAGGUUAGGAAACCUUUUUCUUAAUCUUUAUUGCAGAUAAUUGAGCUGAAGAGUUUUCUCAGUGAAUAUGGAGCAGAUGAGGUUGACACGAGUGAGGUUACGCAGGGUAAUUGGGUGUCCGCUUUCGUCAAGUGUAUUCCCCACCUAUCUGUUUGCUGGGCAAACGACCAAGUCACAGAAGCCCGUUAGUUAAAUUGUAAAUCCUUACUUCUUUAGAAGCCAUCGACUUGCUUACAACUGUUGCUUCGCUGAUAAUUCAGUUACCCGGUGAUGACAUCCCGCAAGCCGUCGAAGAGUUGUGUGUAUUAUACGAGGAACUUAAGGGUCCUGUCAAUCGAAAGCACCUUGCCAAGCUCUACUCGUAAGUGUGAUCAUUUUUACUGUCUUGUAAGUUUAAAUGUCCUUUUCACGGGUUUGGCCGAGGAAAAUCACGCUAGGUUCCGAAUUUACCAGGCUCUUAUAACUUGUGCCCAUAAAGUUGGGGCGCUCCAGCAAAUCUUUACGGACACCGGAAGAGUUUGCGUUAUUUCAACUCGUUAUCAUUGUUUAGGUUUCGAACCUCCUAAAAAUAUGCCGGUGUACGCCCGAAGAGUGCAAAAAGUUGUGGCGUCAGCUAUCUGAAGUGCACAUGGCCACGGGCAACACGAAGCAGGCUACACAAGCGUUAAUCAACCUCCUCUCAACGUACACUGCGGGUAACGCGGUAGACGCGCGCAGCGAUGCAGUCAGGUACCAAAAUGUUCUCUGAUACCAAGUUUGUAGGUGCAUUGUUGCUGCGAUUCAGGAUCUGAGUUUCUUGUCACACAGUCGCCUGAUGGCUCUUAAACCCGUUCAGUUUCUAGAGGGCGAACCUAUCCAUAAGGUUUUAUUCCUUACUUGUAGUUACUCUUUAGCUCCUGGAGAUAUUCAUUUCUGGUGGUCUUAGGGAUUUCUCCGCAUUUACGAAGAAAUACCCCAAGUUUCUCUCGGAGAAUGGACUGACCGAGGAGGCAUGCCUAAACAAAAUCCGUAUCUUAUGCUUAAUGGAAAUAGCGGAGAAUGUUGGCGAGUUGGAUUAUGAAACCGUAUGUAAGAAAAUCGGCCUUUCAGAAGAUCAGCUUGAAGCAUUUGUGAUUGAAGGUAAAGACAUUAUUUUGGACCUUGUUUCUAGAAAGACAAUUAUUUUUCUUAGUAACCUUUAAUCGCACGCCGAGAGGUUGAUAAAAACUAUCCACUUCAUGGUAGUCGUCUGUCGUCAACUGCUGUUCUGGCUAUUGGUCAGUCAGUAACCUGACAGCUUUGCGACAACUAGGCCCCACCGUUAGUUCGUCUCAAACCUUUGCUCUGGGUGCUUACCUUUCAUAACAAUUUAUAGGAUAAAUUGGUGCGGCACUUUCUGGCGCCAGACAUAAUGAGGACUCGACCUACACCCAUCCUCCGAUUACAGUAAAUGUUCGUCAGGGUGAAAGCCAACUCUGCGACAUGUAUAGAUAUUAUAUAGAGGAUUUGUGUAGCAUAAUUUUAUUCAGUCACAGGCUGACUGCCGACACAACAGCGAAAUAAUGCCCAAACAUAAGCUUUUCAAAUUAUAUUUCGACACACGGUCACGGCCAUAGGAUCCCAACCUCAUAGGCAAGACAACCAUCUUAAGGGCAGAUACACAUGAUUUAAGUAAAGGUGAAAUGCCUUUCCAUCUAAACACUGCAUACUGAAGCCGUGUCUGAGCUUCAUGGUUGACCACUUUUGAUCGUGACGGCGUCAUGACAGGCCCUCAUAUUGCAAAUGUACAGCAUCAUGAGUGCGCUGUGUGCCAGUCGAGGACCAGCCGUCGAACACCAGGCUGCCCUCAUUCUAACUGACUCGGCUGAUGACCAUCGCCUUUCCAGUGACAAAACUGCUUUUCUCCUGUUGCGAAUGGCCAUGUACUACAGACAGUAUCCUCGCAACGAACUGCAGGCUAAUGCGCAUGCAGUUUUAUGCCACCACUGUUUCCCACUAUUAAUUGUUCCGCUGUCGGUAGUGUCUCUUGGUCUCAUUGUUUACUAUCUAAUGGUGAAUUAUGGUUUGUGGGCCACCAACCGUAAAUGGGUUCAGGAUUCUUAUAGUCGCCUCCGCGAUCUUCACGUACGAGACCGCGGGCCAGAACUUCGGCCUCUCAUAGUCCUACCGCACACCAGUAGGCUUCUUUUGGCACUUAAGUAUAAAGAACCUCGGGUAACCAGUAGUCGCAAAUAGAAAGUGCAGGUUUUUCACUUUCUCCAGUCGUCACCGCAUCACGCCUGGACCCGCUGAAAGAGUUAUGACACGGCUGCGUUUGUGACCAACAAAUUACUUGCCUUUACAAUGAAGGGUACGUCUAGUGCUCAAUUCCUCGCUAAAAACCGUAUUCCUUUUCUUCCUGUCUGUCAUCUUUUUAACUUGUACACAACGAAACGGCAAUCAGUUGUAGAUUUCUUCUAUGGUAAAUAAAGUGUCUGGAAGGAUGGGGUUCAACAGUAUCCCAUGGCCUAUAUUUCAGCCUUUUAAUUGCGACAAAUUUGUGGUCAAAUCCGACCCAGAAUUUUGGAGUUCGAGCUGAAGAACAGUUAUUCGAGCCGCUUCAGCAGUCAGUCAGACAGGGUGACCCCGUUGGCGUUCCCAUCUUUUGCUCGCGAACUCGAUUGUCGAAAUUGAAGAGGGUCCUCACACAGUUUCAGGAGUUCGGUGACGCACACCCGCUUGAGCCGUUGGUCAGCCGCGUCGUAUUUUUCUCGGCGAUCGUCAAUAAUGCCACUAACGGGGUCGGCUGAUUUGGAGUUAUUAAUUUCGCAAAUCGUUAAUGGAAGGACUUGGCUUGUAGUGCCCGAGGCAUGACUUUGUAGGGUUAGUUGUAACAUUGUAAUGGACGUUUUAGUCAAAGACAAUUACUUUCUGAGGAAUAAUCGGCCAGAGAUGACUGCAGAAAGUAUUGGGUUGGAAUAACGACCUCCACGGAGCAGACCUUAAACGUUGGUGGCGCUCAAAGACCAUCAACUUUUCCCCUAAGUUACUGGUGGGCCGUCUGCACUGAGUGGUUGCUUUAUUGUCGAUAACUCGGCCAAAGUCGAAUGCUGACAUGUGCAUUUCGAACACCUCAACUUCGAUGACCGACCCAUCACGUCCCCGCUGUCUGCAACGGCUUUAUUCCUCUCCAGCCUAUUAAGUUUCAUGUGACCCCCCUUUGGGGGAGAAACCGCCGAUGGAACACGGAGGUUUUGGCAGUGUUAGGUUUGUACCCGGACACCGGCCGUCUACGCUGACGACGUCGCACUGAUAGCCUCAGGCUUUGAUGAUUUGCAGUCUGUGGCGUCACGGGUGAAUGAAGUCGAUAAAUCGAUCGGUUUGUCCAUAAAGGCUAUGAAGACCAAGGCGUUUUCGACUAUCAUCUCUGACCGAGGAAAGGCACCCGUCGGGAUUAAUGGCAACCGAAUAGACAGUGUGAGGACGUUAUCUCCCGAACCGAUGCUUCUGUCAGGAUUCUCACGAUCCUUGAAAAGUGUCUAUGGACUCGACGCGGCCUCUCCAAUGCCACAAAUACCAUGGACGAACCGGCACUGACAUUAAAGCUGCAAAGUUGUACUCCGUACACACCUGUGGCAGUGAUAAGAUCAUUUAAACGACCCAUCAUACACGCUUUCACAGAUCGCGCCGUUUCUGAAACAUAUUGAGUGCAUGCGAGUUAACAUUAACUGCCGACCUUGGCAAUAAAAACACUUUAUCUGUAGCUGCAUGAACUGAUUGGAAUACUCCCAUGACACGCUCCGCUGAUUACUGUUUGUGAUUAGGAUGGGUCGGGCUGGGCCAAGUAACUCUUAAAACAAACGCUUAACUUGGUCCCUCGAGCUUGACUCAAUGAGGCAACGCAUGCAGGGUUUCGAUGUCCACUGACCAGAACCGACUAUUUGCCUCAAACAAGGACUUCCAGAAUUCAAACGUUGCUCAUGCGUCCAGUCGGCCAAACAACCUUCUGGUCGGCUCAAAGUUUCGUAGCUGGAUUCAUGGCAUCGGACCGUCACGUUGUUGCUAUUGUUCGAUCCACUUUGAAGCUCAUUACAUACUUAGAUUUCUCAUGGUGAAUACUUACUCCAGAAGCCACGGGUGGGAAUACGGGAAUUCAGUCUUGCUUUGUAGCCCAAAUAAAGCGAGAGGGUUGCAUCAAACGGUCAGUACGAAUAUCUCUGGUCUGUGAUGUAGCAGAAGUAAUUCUCACAUUCAUCCAAUGACAUCGCGCCGACUGGAUCUGUUCAAGCACUUUAGAGUUGCCUCUCUUGUCACGAUCGUUCUAUCAAGUACGAAAAGUGACAGCGAAGUCAGUUAGAAAACACUAAUGAGUUGAAUGGCGACCAUGGAGUGGGCAUCAAACGUCAGUGGCACUCGGAAACCCCACUACCGCACUCCCGAAGUUAUUAAUUGGUCAAACUCGCCGAGUGAGUGUGUUUGCAGUGUGAAUGCAGUAUGUAUUUCCGAUAGCCCGUCCAAGUUCACGCGGUAGCGCGGGCUCUCACAGUGUCUUUUCAACUUCUGCGAUCAACUGAUCACCAUUGCUCUCACCAUCACAGGGAGUUCCAUAGUUGUCCAGCCUAUGCUCGUUCAUAUGAUCCUCCCUCCCAGGAAGAAUUCAUCGAUUCAAUACUGUGGCUGCAGGGCCCGCUAUUCUCUAACACAGAGCGAGUUUUGGUCUUCAGUGGUUUCUGCCAACCGUUCCAUCUCCGGACGGGCGUUCUACGAGGUUGCGUUCGGUCGCCCAUUCUGUUUAAGUCAUUGUCUAUACUUUCGGAAGGGCUUUAACCAGUUUUGCCUGUUGAAUUCGCACCCGGGUGGCGGCUGAUUGUCCUCGAAUACGUUGACGAUAUCGUCCUGUUAGUGUCAAUCAAUGCUAAUCAACAGAAGACACAGUCAAUAGUGGGUGAGGAUGCAGAAUCAACGCUGGGAAGGACAAAUAUUUCUAACUGAAUCCCUGACUAGGGAAAUGCACCUCUCGUGAUUAAUGGACUUCAGCUUCAAUACAUGGACACUUCUAACGCCGCAGGUGAAGUUUCUGUCACAUAUAGAGAGUGCGGUCGAAAUCGUUGCCGGGAUAGAUGUCGUUAGUUAGAUUUUUAAGACCAUGAUAGGUGUCUGUCAACUCGUUUAAAUGUCUGGAUCGCUACAGUGGUCAACUUUUGCUGAGCAGCGUUCAACCAGUCCCCCUAUACGCUUGUGAAUUUUGGGAUGUGUGUGUGCAGAAGAUGACAAACAUCUGAGGUAUCUGAUCACCGUUGCCUGUGAAUCAUCCUUCGUGUGAUAUGCACUGACUUCGCCUGCAAUGAGACUGCACUAACUGCAACAGCAUCUCCAAGAUAUCUCAGCUCAUAUAAUGCAGACGGAUAGCGUAUUUUGUGUACACCCAUGAGCCGGAUGUUCCUGCGCAUGCUGCGAUGCAGCUGUGCACCUGGAGCUGUCAAUGCGGUCGGCCCAAGUACGUCCCUGAUGCAGUCCGUCAGGAAAUGGGGUGCUUCUGUGGACUUCGAUAUUCGGCCGCCGUCUCUGAGGAGCAGAUGGGCGAGCUCUCUAAAGGGGGGAAUUCGCAACAGCAUCUAGGCCGACCAAACUUGGCAUGAUCACGGCCAUAUCCAUCAGUAUUGAGUACAGUGGUUUCCUACUGCUUAAUGGCCCAGCGAUGCCUCGUACGUUCAUCUCACGCCCUUUUCGUAGGAUUUGAAUCGCCUGAAAUUACAGGGUUAGUCAUUGGGACAUACCCAUUUUCAUGAUUCUAAUUUCAAAACAUCAAAACUUCUGGCGUCACCGAGUAAUUUUCCGCCACUUAGAUUGAUUUUCUAUUGCUAGGAUAUGGUUUGAGCUGUAUAUAAGUCGAUUUUUUAAGCAUAGUGGAGAAAAUAACAAUGCGCAUUUCCCGUUUGCAUGCUGUGGUGUAUUUACUGACAUCCUGGGCGAAAAAAAUCUCAGUGACGGCGCUAAUGCGCAAAUUCUACUGUUCCACAUAUUUAUUAAUGUAGCCCUAUAAGUAUUGUAUAGUAUUUAUGAGUAUGUUUCUCCUCAUCCUCCCCCCCAACAUUAGCCGUCCGCCAAAAAGUGAUCACUUGCAAACUGGACCAGAUCAAUCGCCGUAUUCUCAUCACUAGUGCCCUUCCACGUAAUUUCGGCCGCGCCCAAUGGCUGAGCCUUGCUAAGACGCUGCAGGAAUGGAGGGCUGGGCUUCGCGUCGUUCAGAACAGUCUGGGAACAAUGAUUGGUGCCGCGGCCCCCUAA